AAAAAAGAAAACAAUGGCGGAUUAUUCAUUGUCCAGUCAAGUUCAGCAAACGAGAAGUUAAAAUACACCUUACUGAGAUAUUGCCAAACUUAAAAGGCAAUGGCUGAUCAGUCACAGCAGGCAGCUGCCCAGCCUCAAAAUCAGCAACCCAGUGCAACCCCUCAGCAGCCAGCACAACAGCCGCAGCAAGGGAACACACAACAACAAGCAAGCACACAGCAACAGCAAACUGUAGCACCAAUUCAGCAACAACCAGCUCAGCAACCAGCAACACCACAGCAGGUUCAUGCACAACCUGCAACACCACAGCAAGUUCAACAGCAGCAGGUCAACCAGCAGCCAGCAGUACAGCAACAUCAGCAACACCAGCAACCAGCAUCAGUAGCCAAUGCAGCCGCCAUUAGCAUAACACCACAGAAUGCUGCCGCAAUUUUCUCUGGCAGCGGCUCAAUGAUGACUGUAUCGAAUCCAAUGGUAGCCAACUCAAUGAUGACUGUGUCAAAUCCAAUGGUGGCCAAUGCCAUGACAGCUAAUGCCUUGGCUGGGAAUGCAAUGGCAGGUGCAACUCUUCAGGGUGGUUUACCUUCUCAAGCCAUGACUGUUAAUGCUGCUAACCUGCGGAGUGCAAUACCACAGGUGCAGGUCAUUCCACAGAUGCAGGGUACCCCAUACAUGCAGUAUCCCUUCAAUCAACAACAAAUCAUGCUGCAGAAUGCUGCUGCUAUGCAAGGGAUGUCCCUGCAAGCAGCGAUGCAGGCCAAUGCUAUGAACAUGAACAUAAACCCACAGAUAAACAUGGCCAAUAUGAACAUGGCUGCUAUGGCCAUGCAGCAGCAGAGAAUGGGGGCAGGGCUUAUGUCACCUGGCCCAACCACACCUACACAGAAUCCAGGAAUCACUUUCACCCCAUUACAAGCCCAGGUAUCAGCUGCACCGACCUCUACUGCUAACAACGGGAAAGCUUUGGCUGUUAGUAAGGGACAGACAACUCCUAGCACACCCACACAACAGGCGGCCCAAGCCACAGCCCUUAUAGGAGGCAAACCAAUCAUGCCAACUCAGACAAACAUUGCUGCCCAGCCCCUUGUUCUCAGUGUUUUACCUAAUCAGCUGACUAGUACUACAGGGUUUGUUGGAUCAAAAGGGCAAUCAAUAGCUUUGAACCAAGGUGCCCCAGCACAGCUGAUAAGUACACAAGCACCAAUACGAUUCAGUCAGCCUCAACUUGUAUCUAGUUCAGGCCAAAUAAACAUACAGUCACAACCCAUCAUGACAAAUCAGUCCAUACUUCAAGCCAUGGCAAAUCAGCUUCAGCAAGGAGCAAUCCCAUUGGGUCAUCAGCAGUUACAAUUGUCAGCAUCUGGCCAAUCACCAACCAUCUUACCUGGACAACCGGUUUACUUAAGGACAACACAGAUUCAGGGACAACAAGGUGUACUGGCAGCCCAGGGGGUACAGAUUGUUGGGACCUCAGUAAAAAACUCCUCGCAAAAUAAUGUUGCAGGGGUCCAGAUAGGCAAACAGACCAACCAGGGUCAAUCUGUUUACCCAAUCAAAGCUGUCACUGCCAGGGUAAACCCCACAACUGUCAGCAAGCCAAAAACCGCAGCAGUCCCUGGUGCUCCUAAGAACCCCAAAGGGCGACCCAGGACAGCUAAUAGGAUUGUCGGAGCCAUGACAGCAUCAGCAGGAACCAACACAGUGGCUUCAGCACUGUCUCUGUCUAAGGCAGCCAGUCAGUCAAAACCUACCACCCCUACACCGAAUUCAUUGACUGUUCCAAAUCAAAGUCAAAGCAAGUCAGAUAGUGAGAUGGAAUCUACCAAGAAGCUUACUGCAGGGGAAAAGCUUGAGAAGACAGGGUCUGCUAAAGCAAUCAAGCAAGAGAAGACCUCUGGUGCCCCAUCAAUUAAAUCCUCAGCUCCCGAAAAGAUGGACACUUCUCAGUUAAAGACAGAGGGAGUGAAGAAGGAGAACCCCUCAGUGGUGGAGAAACAGAAGGCCAUAGUAAAACCACACAUACUGACUCAUGUCAUCGAGGGCUUUGUCAUACAGGAGGGGCCUGAACCAUUCCCUGUAAGUUGUAGCAGUAUCGUGGCAAUGGCAUCAAGGGCAUUGGCCAGUCAGAGUCUGGACAGAAUGGAGGAGGAGGAGGAGUCUGAAAGUGCAGGGCCCUCAGAGGUGGUGCCAAAGAAAGAGGUCCCAGAGCCAGAAUUUUUCUCGAAAUGUGAAUUUUGUGGGACAGCGGAGCAGGCUUCUAGAUUCAAGAGAUCAAAGAGAUUCUGCACCAUGGCCUGUGCCAAGCGGUACAACAGAGCCCAUAGGACAUCAGUGUUCAAAACCAUUUGCAUAUAGAUGACAUUGGGCAUUGGAAGAGGAAUGAUAAUGAAAAAAGGCUCUCCUCUGAUUCUGAAGAAAGGACUGAAAGGACCAGGAAGAGGAGGAAAAUUGUCAUUUGGUGAAAAUAGGGAAUUGGCUGAGGGAGAGCGUGAUGAGACAGAACCUAUGGAGGAGGGGGAGGCACACAGUACUUCUAACAGCUCUACGUCCAACGAGAGCUCCUCAGCCCCCGAGUCUCCCGUCACCCCGGAGGAACAGCCUGAUAAUGCCAUGGAGUCAGACACACCCACCACCAACCCAGGAAAAUGGACCGUCACUGAGGUGUAUGAGUUCAUCAAGUCUAUGCCUGGCUGUACUCCGUACGCUGACGAGUUCAAAUCCCAGGAGAUUGAUGGCCAGGCAUUGAUGCUUCUUAAAGAGGACCAUCUAAUGACCACAAUGAAUAUGAAGCUGGGGCCUGCCCUAAAAAUCUGUGCAAAAAUUAAUUCUUUCAAAGGGGACCUGAGUUAAGAUAGCUGCAGUAGUAGAAAAAAAGUAUGAAGCAGUAUUUAUGGAAAGCUGAUCAGUAGAAUAUAGAAUCUACACUGUUUUCGAAGCUGAUGUUUUUAUUCUGACAUGACACCAGAAGAGAGAUUUUUUUUUGUAUUAACUGAUAAGCAGUGGAGAUAUUUGCAUCUCUUUGUUGAUACUUGUGUUUUACUGAAAAUGACUUUUAACCUUUGACAGAUGUGUUGUGAUGUACAUGGAAAGAAAAAAUUCAUGUAUUGCAUUAAAUAUAUUUGACCAGUAUUUAAUUUAAAAUAAUUUUACAUUUUAUUGCACAUUUACAUGCAAUUAGAUUACAAAAUUAUAGUACAUAUAUUUUACUAACAACUGUAAACAGCCAGGAUUUUUUUCUUUUUCAAAAAAAUGAUCUCAGCAAACAUAUCCCAAAUUAAAAAGGCAAGGAUUUCAUGAAAUUUGGAGAAAAAAAUAUAUAGGUGGUGUUAGUAGGAAAAUUGACCAUUGAAAUUUAUUUCAGCUAUGUAUUUUUUCUGAAUUGUGCACAUAUAAUAAUACAGUAUUUAACCAUGAAGUAUAUUCUAAGAGUUUAUGAUGCGGAGAACUGCAAGAAAUGAUCGCAUUUAUCAAUAGUUUCCACAUAAACCAUUUAUGUACCAUUAAGGGCGUUUUUAAAUUUUUAUGGUGCUUUUUAGUAUUCUAGGUCACAUAUAUAAAUCAUAUAAUUUCACUUUGAAGAUUUGCUUGGUUGUUUUAAGAAUUUUUAGAAACUUUGUUGUUGGUGUGUUUUGAAUAUUGUGAAUUUUGACUUUUUUGGAUAAAUAAGUGUGAAAGAAUGUAGUUUUGACUGCAUGAUUUUGAAAUUAAACAUGAUGCCAUUUAUGAAGAAUAUAAGAAUGUCAAACAUUUUCCAGUAUCAUUAACCUACAAAUUAAAAAGAAUUAAUAAUA